AGAGGGAGAGAGAAGUAGCCUGUGGGCUUUUCUCCUACAACUGAACUGAACUCAGUGCUGACUGCUCUGAUUUAACCAGCUGGCUGCCAUCUCUCCCUCUCUCUGUGUCUCUGCUGGCUUCCACAUUAGGAUUAGGCAGCCUCUGCUGCGGAGGGGAGAUGGGCUCCAGGUCUGAUUUUUAGCGUGUUUUCCUGGGAAAGUCCUCUGGAGAAAACCACAAAGAAGAGGAGUAAGAUAUUCUAAGGCAUCAAUGAUUGGGGCAUAUGAAAGACCCAUGGCAAAGUGGUUGAAAGAUUACCUAAGUUUUGGCAGCAGGAAAGGACCUCCGCAGCCGCCCAAACCAGACUACACAGAAAGCGAAAUACUCCGGGCUUACCGCGUUCAAAAAGAACUGGACUUUGAAGACCCCUACGAACCUUCAGAGAACCGGGCUCAGAACGGUCAAGCCACUGCCGAUCCGUUCCCUGCUUUUGGAACUGUUCUGCCUAACGGCGUGGAGGUCAAGAUCGUUUCUCCUAAACACAGACUGAUAAAAGUGGAAUCUCAGGAAUUUGGACGCUGCAAGAUCCCAUUAAGCAUUGUGUCAUUCGAGGAGCCCCAUGCGCCUGUGGUUCCUUCUGCUCCAGCAGUGGGGGACACAGAUUAUUCGGACCCAUUUGACGCUCGUCCAGACCCGCGGGCCCAUCCAGGCUGGGAUCACAGCUCUGUGGAGAACAGCAGCAGCUACAUGGAGCCCUUUGAAGCUCAGAGAGUCAUUACUGAGCUGCAGCACAGUUCGGAGCGUGGCCGAUCUGGUUCAAGAGGCAGCCCUCAGCUGUACGACAGUCCGUACGAGGAGAGAAGCCGGCGAUGGGGCGCUCCAGCAGAGGAUGAGAGAGAGAGCCGAUUGCCCCAGGAUGAUGAGAGGCCUGCCGAUGAGUACGACCAGCCCUGGGAGUGGAAGAAGGAGAACAUCUCCAAAGCCUUUGCUGUUCAGUUUGAAGGGGGUGACUGGGACCGGUCCACAUUGCCCCAUGUGGAGCAACAGAGGAGACCCGGAGCUUCCAGAACCAGCCCUCCUUCAAGCAAGGCUACCAGCCUCCGCAAAGCCAGCGACCCUCACACCAUUCUGGGAGAGAGAGUGGAUCCCACCCUACCCCUGGACCAGCAAGUGUGGUACCAUGGUGCUCUGACACGUUCUGAUGCGGAGUCUCUGCUGACACUGUGUAAAGAGUGCAGCUACCUGGUGAGGAACAGUCAAACCAGCAGAAACGACUACUCUCUCUCCCUCAGGAGCUGCCAUGGCUUCAUGCAUAUGAAGUUUUCUCUGUCUCGUGAUGGAAAGUACAUCCUCGGUGAGAACAGUCCUCCAUUCGACACCAUACCAGAAGUCAUCCACUACUACACCACCCACAAGCUGCCCAUCCGUGGAGCAGAACACCUCUCCCUGCUCUUCCCUGUGGUGGUCCAGACGCUCUGAUAACAAACUGGCUUGCACACGCAUGCACACACACACAAACACACAAAUACACAUAAACAGGCCUGGACUCAUGCUUGCUUACACACACAGAUAUAUAAAUAUAUGCACACUCAGGGCCUGAUUUUGAUCGACUCUCAGUAGCGCUUUGUAUUUGAUCAGAAGUGUAGAACUUUUGUGUGGGUUUGUAGUAUUAGCCACUGCUGAUCUGUCAGUAUUUGAUUUGAAUCUGUUCCCAAUGGAGUGCCAUUGCUGUGCAGUUUUUAGUAUUAUAAAGUGAUUAUAUGAAUGUGGGGGCUGAAGCUGUUAGGCUAUUUUUAAGCUCUUUUGAAGUGUAUGAAACUACAAGCUUUUAAGAGCUUUGAUGAGAGAGGGCUGCUCUUCUUAUUUUCACUUGCCCAAAAUGUUAACAAUAGUAUCUUUAGAACAUGGGCUAGGCUGACCUGGAAGGGGAUUGCCACCUAUUCUCUGCUGUUCUAUUUGAAAUAAUACACUUAUACACAGAUUUUUUUUUUUUUGCUGAUGUUUAAACUGCCUCAUAUAUCCUCAAGCUGUAAGACUUUGUACUGUACCUUUAGAAUCUAUGCUUUAUUGGAAAAGUCCUGCCAAAGUACACUCUAUGGAUAAAAAGAGGGAUGCACUAAAUAUUUGGCAGCCAAAAUGAUACGUUCAACAUAAAUUAAAAGACAAUGAUUUUCAGUUUGCUUUAAAAAGCCACAAAAAAUAGUGAAAAAAUAAUGUCACAAAAGUGGCAAGAUUAAUAAAGAUAAAGAUAGAUAUUAGGUAUUUAGCAAUGUAUCAUGUUUCAUUUUGUUCGGUUUCAGUUUUUGCCAAAAUGUUCAAUUUAGUGCUGUUUGGGAUAGAGGCAAGUACGACAUCCUAUUAUAAAGCAUCCAUUAGCAUUAAUAUAAAGUUAAUCUCCUGGCUCGCAAUCUCUGUUCUAGUUAUCUAUUCCAAAGGUGUUCUGUGGGAUCGAGGGCAACCCUUGAAAAACAACCCCAUAACUUUACCAUUAUCCCUCCUCAACCAAACUUUAUAGUUGGCAUAGUGCAGCCAGGCAGUUGACAUUCUCCUGGCAUUCAGACCUUUGGCUAUAUAGUGUAUGAACAGACUUAAAGCUCACCUUCCGCAAAAAUCCGAUUUUUUUGUUUUUUGUGGAAUACAGUAGGUCUCUCCGAGUUGAAUGUGAACACCUGCACAUUAAACUGUUUUACAGCCCCCAUUGUCUGCAGGAGCUAAGCAAAGAAAUCCCCCCUCCCCCCCUCCGAAAAACGGGUGAAUUUUGAAUUAUCUUUCUGCCUACGUAGGCAGAAACUCACAGACCAGCCCACCUUGGCUCGAGAAACUCCCAGAGGCGGAGCUGAAGCGACGCAACAUCACCGCUCAUCAGUUAGGAGGUGGGAGGCAGUGAGCGGCAGAGCGGUGGAGGGGCGUCGCAGUGCUCCUAGCCAAUCAGAGGAGAGAUAUUUGCAUGCUGUUUGCAUGUAUGAAUAUUCAUGAGCAAAGCUGGAAUCCGGUCAUUUUGGACACACCCCUAAAACAGUCCAUUAAAAAAGAGCUAUACAGAGACACCUGAGCACUUUUUUUUUUACAAAAACGGCUCACAUGUCAUUCAUUCAUACUAGAGACCACAACUAGACAUUUUAAAAUGAAAGAAAAAACGACGGAAGGUGACCUUUAAAAUGAAUGAUAGAAUAAUUAGAAAUUACAAAUACAUACUGCUCACCAUGUACAGUACAGGCCAAAAGUUUGGACACACCUUCCCAUUCAAUGCAUUUUCUUUAUUUUCAUGACAAUUUACAUUGUAGAUUCUCAUUGAAGGAAUCAAAACUAUGAAUGAACACAUGUGGAGUUUUAUGUUCUUAACAAAAAAUGACCUGGCCUCCACAGUCACCAGACCUGAACCCAAUCCAGAUGGUUUGGAGUGAGCUGGACCACAGAGUGAAGAAGGCAAAGGGGCAACAAGUGCUAAACACCUCUGGGAACUCCUUCCUUCAAGACUGUUGGAAAACCAUUUCAGGUGAUCAUCUCUUGAAGCUCAUUGAGAGAAUGAUGCCAAGAGUGUGCAAAGCAGUAAUCAGAGCAAAGGGUGCCUGUUUUGAAGAAACUAGAAUAUAUGUAUAUUUUUUGUUAUUUAUCCUUUUUUUGUUAAGUACAUAAAACUCCACAUGUGUUCAUUCAUAGUUUUGAUGCCUUUCAGUGAGAAUCUACAAUGUAAAUAGUCAUGAAAAUAAAGAAAACGGAAAAAGAGUACUUUAUUAGGAAGACUUGUACACCACUUUAUGAGAUUAUCCAGCCAUCCAAUUAUGUGGCACCAGUCAUCAAGUCAUCAAAUCUUGCAGAUACAGACCAGGGAGUGUUAGUGUCAUGUUUACAUCAGCUUUGAGUAGUUUUAAGCAUCAAAGCGUUAUGACCGCGUCAUUUCUGCAAAUAGAAACAGCUUGUGUAUGAUCUAAACAUGACUUGUUGAGGUUCAAGCCGACAGAAAGGCUACAGUAGCUCAUAACCACUCUGUACAACUGUUGUGAGCAGGAACGCCUCUGAGAAUAAUGGGUUCUGUUUUAUAUAGACAAAAACAGAAUGCUGAGGCUGUAGUUUACAGAUGCUCAUUACAGCUGGACAGUUGAAGAUAAAGCGAGAGACAUAGCCCGGUCUGAUGGAUCUCAGGUUUCUGCACACAGAUGGUUGGGUCGGGUGUUGUUGGCACAAAUCCAUGAACCCGCUCUGUCUUAUCAGUCCAAACCACAAAGAAUUGAGGCUGUUUUGUGAGCAAAAGGACGCAUUACCCAUUAUUAGUGCCAUCUUGUUACGUAUUGUUGUGAAGGGCAGCAAUUAUCAAAGCCAAAUCUAGUGGUGUAAUAAUGUGGUAUGCCUUCUAUUUCUUUGCCAUCAGUAAGAACUAUCUUUUAAGGGUCUUUACAGCCAUCUUGGCAAAAGAUGAUAUCUUAUCUUAUUAUGAAGGAAUGCUCUCAUGUAAUUCAGUCUAAUCUAUAUCCUAUUGAUCUGUGAUGUGUCUGCCCAUUGUCUUCUGUUUCACUCGCUGUCUUAGAUAUGGGCCCAGAAGCUAGUGUUGGAUGGCAAUGCUAUUCAAAAGGAUGAUAUAAGUUACCAGAAAGAAGAAAUGAUGUAAGAAAUUAUGCUGAUAUGGGCAACUCAUGGUAAUAUUUGUUGGAAGAGGUGGAGUGUUGAUGGCGUUUCAAGUUGAAGAUAGGUCUACUGAUAUGGCUGGUAAUGACAUAGCGACCGUCAGUGUCUUCAAGGCAAACUCUUGAGACAUCAGCAUUAUGUGGACGAGCAUUGUCCUGCUGGAAUAGUGUACUGGAAUGAGCAAGUACCUGGAAUGAAGACAAGAAGGUCAUAUGGCAUAAUACAGAAUUGUGCCAGACAAGUUGCCCAACAGGUCAACAAGUUUUCUGUCGUAUUCCAGGGCCUCAGAAUUUGUCACUAAUCUGUACAGAACAGUACACUAUAGAAUCAGCAGAUUGAGAUUAGGCUAAACAGCAGUGAAGUAUGUUAAGAAAAUUGUGCAGCAACAAUGGAAUGUGCAGAAUUUCUUCCCCUGGAGCAGCUGACCAGCCAAGAGCAGCUCUGAUUGUGCCCGGAGCCAGUGACUCAGACACGAGUCUGGUGAGAGAGAGAGGUGAAAACAGGAAGAGAAAGCCCUCGCCUCUCCACAGCCAAGCUCUUUCCACUUGGCCGACCAUGUCCUCUCUGCCCCAGCAACUUCGAUUCUUUCUGGCAGGAGAGAGGAAGCCGCCCUUUCCACAGGGACCGUGUCGGGACCAGUCACUUUUCGCAGCUGAAAAAAUGUGCACUGCUUUAUUAGAAACUACUGAACUCUCUCAAGCACACUUUAACACUUUUCCUCUCUUUGUGAUUGUAGGAUUUACAGUAGCUAGUUGACAUUCUUUGUAAAUAGAAGCAAUAGAGAUACUUUUUGGGGUGGGGAUUGAGAAUCAAUGAAUAUACAAAUACUUUAUAUCCUUAAAUUACAAGAAUGAACAAACAAACAACUAUGAAUUGUGUCCUGCUUAACAGAUCUGUUUUAUUAGGUUGAAUGAAAAGUCCCUCCUGUUAGUUUCAACUUAUAUAGGAAAUUAAUUGAAUUGAAUUUAGGUUAGAUUUGAAGCCCCCCAGUAAGGAAUGGGCAAAUGACUGUAGUAAACUUUAGUUUUGGGUGCUUUGCUAUUAGAAGGCCAGCUAGUUCUGAAGAUUUGAUUGGAGCAGGAAAAAUAAAAGACUGUUCACAUUACUAGGCUUUGACUCAGAUUUUAGUCACUUUUUAUGUGGUUCAGUAUCAGAUGUGUGUCUGAUUCAUGAGUAUGUGACGGACUUAAUGCAUCUAUUUCGCCUAUGCCUUUUCAAUAUGUUUAUGUUACCAGGUUAGACUGACUCUAAUCCGACUUUUUUUCCCUUGAUGUGGUACCGAUCAGAUUUUUUCAGAGCUGUGUGGACAUGUCAAAUCUAAUCUUUUCAAGUUAGAUUUGAGUCACUUUCUUAUGUGUUUCUGAUUCGUGGGCAUGCGACAUGAGUAUAAAUGAGUAUCAGCUGGGAUUUCAAGCGUCGUUUUUACCUGUACGCAUGCACUUAGUGCUGGCCUCAUCGGCCGUCAACAGUGUUAUGCCAUUUUAGUCCCGUCCGGACUCACCUCUCUGAGUUUUCAUCUUGCAUUUAAUAAAACAGCUAUUUGUCCACUGCUAUGCACCAUAAUUACAUUUAUGUAAACACAACAGUGAAUGGAAAUGGAGGAGCUACUGAACAUGAUGGCAUGUGACCAAAAAGCCAAAAAACUUUUUUUUUUUUUUUUUUUUUUUUUUU